GUUGCAGAUUUACUUUACAUUUUCUAUUUUCUAAGUCUAUUCUACUUUAAGAAGACAAAAGAAGAAGUGGCUUAGUAAAAUUACAUUAUCAAAUUUUGACCAACCAUUUUGUAAGAUCACCAGUACUCUCAUGGACAUGGACCACACAGGAUACCACCUGCAUCUUGCCUUUCUGAUGACAACAGUUUUUUCUUUGUCUUCUGGAACAAAAGCAAACUAUACACACCUGUGGGAUAACAAUAGUAUUGCCUGGGAUUCAGUCAGUCAAAACAACACGGGCAGAUACCAAAAUGAAAACGUUAGCACAAGCCCUGUAACCCCUGAAGUGGAUUAUAAAGUGAAUUCUACCAGGAUUCCUGAGAUAGCAUCAUCAUCUCGGAUUGUAUCUUUAACUCCUAAAUCUGAACAUGAGCUCUACACACCUUCUGCUGUCAGGAACCAUUCUUCAACAGCAGAAAGCAUUAAAAACACAAGUAAAAAUCAUGGUGAAAUUUUUAAAAAGGAUGUCUGUGAGGAAAAGAACAACAACACAGCUAUACUAAUUUGCUUAAUUAUAAUUGCAGUGCUCUUUCUUAUCUGUAUUCUCCUAUUUCUAUCAACUGUGGUUCUGGCAAACAAAGUCUCAUCUCUCAGACGAUCAAAACAAGCAGGCAAACGUCAGCCUAGAAGUAAUGGCGACUUUCUGGCAAGCAGUGGACUAUGGCCUGCUGAAUCAGACACUUGGAAAAGGGCAAAACAGCUCACAGGGCCCAAUCUCAUGAUGCAAUCUACUGGCAUGCUCACAGCUACAAGGGAAAGAAAAGGUGAUGAAGGAACUGAAAAACUUACUAAUUAAAAGAUGCUUUGGGCUAGAAAAAUGCAAAGCAGUUCUGAGAAAGAUGAUGAGUGUAAAGGAAAGUCAGCUGGGUGUUUAAUGCCAGCCUGUUGUGCUCACUUCCCAAGCACACAUAAAAUCAGCGAGCAGGCCAGAUGAUUUAGCAUGGAAAGGGAGAUAUGUGCCUGCUUAUUGAACUGCUUAACUGUGUGUUUGACACUGAAUAUUUUAAAAAUUACAAGGAAGCAUUUGGGGAAGUUCUUAAAACUAAGUUGAAGAAAGUAGGUAAAAGAGAUAGCAAGGGUUAAACAUUCUCUAUUCAGUACCAGUAGUUAAGACGACCUCUGUCUAAAUGUAACUGAACUUUUCAGUCUCAGUAGGUCCACAGAGCUAGGAACAUGCUUCAAUAUCUAAGAGAAGUCAAAUGCCUAAUAAUUUGAUAAUAGUUUGGAUAAUCUUUAUUGGAUAUGACAGAAUCCAUACCAGUUCGUUUAUCAGAGCAACUAACUAGGGUACAUUCUAUCAUCUCUAUAUAUGGCACACAGAAGUGCUUUGCUACAAUAUUAAAACUUAACUUUGUAUAAUAAAUUAAAACUUAUUAGAUAAACCUGUGGCUAUACAUAUGUGUAUUUACUUGUCUUACAAUAUACUGUAAAGAUCAGUAAGAUGCAAUACAACUAAAAUAGAUGAGAUUUACAGCCAUAUUAGAACGCUAAGCAUAAAUGUAAAAGUAUGUUUUCCUAUUUAAAAGUAACAUUCACCUUUUUUCAUAAUUUUUGGGCUUUUAAGAUUAUUUGUUCUUGUAUCUUGAAAUAAGGUCUUAACAAGUUACCCAGGUUGGACUCAAAUGCAUGCUGUUCCAGUGUUAGCCUCCUGAGUAGUGGGGACUAAUAGGCAGAAAGCACCACUGUAGCUGGCUCAUCUUUUGUAAAAAUACUGCAUUUCAGAGUAAUGAUAACAAAUAACUUAAGGUUGGUUAACAUUUAAACUUUAAGAAUGCCAAGUACCUUAACUAAUGACUAAUAAACUAAUUUUAUUCUUUACUAUCCAUGGUUAUUUGACCAAAGGAGAGAAA